AGGAAACUUCAUUAAAGACAUUAUUGUCCUCCUCAGGGGGGAUAAAUUGAUCAAAAUGUGUGAAAUUUAAAUUCCAGGUAUGUAAACCAGAAGGACAUGCUGUACGUAGCUUCAGCUAUUGAUCCAUGUUUCAAAGCUAUGCCAUUCCUGAAUGAGGAGGAGCGAGACAGGACCUUCUCCAGACUCCAGACUGAAGCAGUGUGUGGGAUGGAGGAAGAUGCAUAUAAUCAAGAUGCUGCUGCUGAUGAAGUUGAUGGAGUGGAGGAAGAGGUGGAACCCCAACCUCCGGCACCCAAGCAAUUCAAGCAAUCCAGUGCUUUGGAGUCUCUCCUUGGGGAAGCCUACAGACCACAACAGGAAGUAGGACCACAGAAAACUAAAGCGGCAGAGGCAGAAGACGAGAUCAAAAGGUACAGGGCAAGGAGACCUGCGGUACUGCAGGACAAUCCUCUCAUCUGGUGGCGGGAGAAUGAAAAGGAGUAUCCUCUUUUGGCUCGCAUGGCAAAGCGAUAUCUCUGUGUCCCAGGAACCAGCGUCACAUCUGAGAGGGUUUUUUCGACUGCAGGUGAUAUCAUUACUGCCAAAAGAAGUUACUUACCCCUGGGCAUGUCCAUGAGCUACUGUUCCUGCAGAAGAAUCUUUCCAUUCCUGAGUGAUGGCAGUUCACACUCUGGGUUAAGACAAGUUUAAUUUCCAGUUUAUUUUUAUUUUCACUUUAAUAGGCAAGGCCUUUUCCAGUUUUUAUUUAUUUUUAUCUACUAUUUUAGUUUAAAAUGACCAGUUUACACAAAUACACUUUAAAGGCAAUUUAAUGUCUUAUACUUGGAGUACUUGAAGGUUUUACACAAAACUGUGACACAGUUGUGUUUUCUAAAGGUUUUGUAAGUUCAAAUUGUAUUUACAUUCUGUGUAAUGUUGUCUGUUUACUGUGAAGCCAGUAACCAAAUGUGUUCUAAAUGUUGAUCAUUAAAAUAAAAAAUAAAGGUGCAUUUGCAUCUUAAUGUCAAUUCUUAAUGUCAUUUUUAAUAAUACAUCAGGUUCGCGUCUAAAUAAUUGGUCUACUGCUGCUGAUAUACCUCUGCGUCCUCUGUCGUCUACACCAGUGCAAGUUUGUGAAAGCAGUUGUAUCAACACUCUGGAAGGGGGAUUGU